GCCCAUUUACCAUCUCAUGCGCUAUAUGCUCAGCAUUUUGGAGGAAGAGGCCCCAAAAAGCAUUAGAACCGGAUUCUCACUGAACUAGGAGUAAUAAUAAAGAGUAGAAGAUGAUCAUCACGGUCAAGACCUUACAACAGAAGACUUUUAAGAUAGAGAUAGAGGAAUCAGCCUCGGUUUUAGAUUUGAAAAAGGCAAUAGAGGCGAACCAAGGAGAAGCAUUCCCAGCUGCAGGCCAGAAAUUAAUAUAUUCAGGUAAAAUUUUAAAUGAUUCCCAGCCACUAUCAGACUACAGUAUCCAGGAGUCGAAUUUUGUCGUCGUCAUGGUGAGCAAGAUAAAGCCAGCUCCUGCUCCGACGCCAAAACCACAAGAAACUUCCAGCACCUCUAGCAGUAGUACCCCGUCCACAAGUGGCGCUACGCCCCAACCAUCGUCCAGUGCAACAGCUCCAACUACCACUAGUGUCCCAAGGUCUGUCUAUAUUUUAUAUAUUUUUAGAAAGAUUUAUAUAGCACCUUUAGCAGCUGUUAUUUUUAAAUUAUUUACAGUUAUUUCCCAAGAGAAUAUGCCUAUUAAUUAUACUAUUAAACAUAAUUACAUGAUAUGCCACAGAUAA